AUGUCCUCCCAAUUCUUGCAAACCGAACUUGCAAAUCUUAUUCAGGAAUCCCGACGAAAGAAUUCGGACUUACGAAAUGCCGCCGAGCAGUCGCUCAAUGAGCUGAAGGCGUUGCCUUCAACAUCUGAGGCUCAGAUAUCGGCAGACCUUGUUCGCAAGCCGACUUUUGUCGAGCCUUUCAUCAUAGCCUGCCAUACUCGACAUGCUAAGCUUGCCGGCAUUGGAGUAAUUUGUUUGCAAAGGUUAAUUGCGUCACAGUCAUUACCUUCUCAUCGACUGAAAGAUGUUCUUGCAGGCCUGAGAGAGACAACGAAUCUGAGUCUUGAUAUUCAACUCAAGAUCCUGCAAUCGCUACCUUCCCUUUUGCAAUUUUACUCCAAUGAUCUUAAGGGAGAUCUUCUUGCAAACACAUUGGAAUUAUGUGCUACUCUGCAAGCGAGCAAGACAAUCGCUGUGAGCAGUACAGCAGCAGCUACCCUUCAACAAUUAGUAGUCUCAACCUUUGAGCGGGUGGCAAGCGAGGAUAAGCUACCUAGCGAGUCCAAAUCCUUUACAACCAUCAAAGUUGAUGGCCAACCGGUAGAAGUUGCGCAAUUUGCCUAUGAUGCUCUCCAGGUUCUUGAUGAUCUUUGUCGUCUCAUUGAUGGCGAACAACUUCAGUUUUUACGCACAAAGACUCUCUCUCCAGCCUUUGUCCUAGAACUUAUUGAGAGCAUUAUAACCAGCAGUGGUCGUCUAUUUGUUGGACACCCUGAGCUUUCACAAGUAUUGCGAGUUCGGUUGAUGCCUCUGGUUAUCCGAUACCUAUCUGAGAGACAUGCGUUCUCUCAAACUGUUCGAGUCGCUCGAAUUUUACUUAUUCUUUUGAAACGCCACAUGUCUCUCUUGACCGCAGAGUGUGAAAUGGCAUUUGGUCUGCUCAAUCAUUUACUCGAGCCGGAUGGAACAGCGCCUUGGAAACGGGUGUUGUGCAUGGAAGUCUUCCGAGGACUUUAUUCCGAGCAGGGAGUCAUUCGACUAAUAUAUUCCUUAUACGACGGAGAGAAUGGUCGACAAAAUGUCCUCCGUGACCAUAUGGCUUCGCUUGUUCGUCUAGCAUCGGAAAAGCCCGCAUUGAUUGGCGUUGGCGCACAGUCAACAAUACCUCUACGUGCGGAGCAUUCUCGAUCCGCAACCGAAGACCAGAUUGCCCUGGAGACUGGUGGUGUUGCAGGUGUGAUUGGAUCCACAGGUCCACCGGCAGAAACAAAGGUUCCUGGUAUCAGCAGCCAAUGGAGUGUGGUGCGGACACCAUACAUAGAGCUGCUCGACAAAAUGGACCCACCACUCCCACCGGAUACCUACAUCUAUAGUCUUGUUCUGAAUUGUAUCAGCAGCUUUGCCGAAGGUCUCGCGAAAUUCAUCAUUCCGCUUACAGUACCGGAUCUGAAGCAGAAGAGGAAGAGCAGAUUAAUGAGCCCGGACCAAGGGCCAGAUUCAGCCAGGUCAUCUCAGGAUCUUCCAGCAUCAGAUAGAUUGAGAGUGCAAUCACCCUCGCCUCCCAAGACAUCACCAGUCCCAAUCAAUCCUUUGGAGCUGCGAACCCAUAUUCACUAUUCUGCCAUCAUAACCUGCGCUGGAAUCAUUGAGCACUGCUGGCCUGCCGUUCUUGCGGCCUGUUCCACGUUCUUACAUGCGUCUUUAGAUGACGAAUACUACCACAAUCUUGUCAGAGCAUUUCAGAAACUGGCUCAUGUAGCGGGUCUUCUCCGAUUGUCCGUGCCUCGUGAUGCCUUUUUGACAACUCUCGGAAAGGCUGCCAUGCCUGCGAAUACAGGUGGUAAUCAGAUGCUUAGCCCUGGUACUCCGACCGGCGCUAGUGCUCAGUCCACUGAAACUUCCCCCAAGAACCGCAAAAGUACCGAUUUGCCUCGAUCGAAUACAUUAAUCUCAGAUCCUGCUGGUUCAUCUGGGUUUGAGGCCCAUCCUGUGUCCCUAAGCACAAGGAACCUUCUUUGCCUGCGAGCUCUGCUCAAUCUUGGCAUCGCAUUGGGACCCACAUUAGAUCAGCCGGCCUGGUCCAUUCUCCUUGAGACUCUUCAAUACACAGGACUAGUGAUUGGCAUGUCUUCUAGCACUAUGCUUAAAUCUGCCAGUGGCGCUACGGAUCCUAUUGUUUCCGGAAAUGAUGUACCAACUGCCAAUCUUGGAACGGAAGUAAUUGCAGUACAAACUGCUUCCACUAAGAUGUUCGAGAGCACCAGUGACUACCCAAGUGCUUCUUUCAAGGAGAUGUUGCUUGCACUAUUGAAUCUUUCCGCAUUUACGGAGCAGGAAAUCACAAAUGUAACAAAACAAGGAGUUUCUGAAGCACCACGCUCUCCGCAGUCCUCACGAAAGUCAGGACGCUUACACCAAAACGCUCGCCGGGUCUCCCAUACGGUUGGCAAGUCAAGAAUGCAGGAUGAAGAACUUAAGUUUGUCCUGGAGAAGGUCAAUGAGCUAGCCAGGGCAAAUCUUGAUAGACUCUCAUUACUGGAUGAAGAAAACAUUGCAGCAUGGCAGCUUUUGACAAGAAGCCUCAUUGCAACGUCUUCCAAUGCUGUGAUAAGCCCAAGCCUCCGCCUGCAGGCUAAUGGGUUUUUAAAUGCGCUGGUAUUUUUGACAAUGAAGCCAAGAGAUAAUGAUGAUGAAGAGAUACGGAACAAACUUCAGACUAGGAAUUUACAAACAAUUCAGGAUCAGAUGGCUUCACUUUAUUCAACGGAAACAAUUUCGUCCAAGUCAUUGCCGAUCACGAUAAUCGAGAUCCACGAGCAAAGCUUGGAAACUCUCAAGAAUAUUCUUGAACAGUACGCAGAAACAUUUUCCGAUGCAUGGAGCCUCAUAUUUGAUUUGCUAUCUGGUGUUUUCCAGGGUGUUGACAAGGCAGAACAAGAAUACCAAUUGACCAACACAACCGAACGCAGAAAGUCAGCUCUCCCAGGUGGGCCUCGUCUAGUACGAGCUGCAUACAAGUCCCUCCAUCUUGUGGCGUCUGACUUCAUCUCUCUGCUUCCUGCAAACUGUCUUUUGAAUCUCGUGAAUGCUUUCUCCAGCUUUGCUUCUCAAACUCAAGACUUUAAUAUUUCGCUGACCACAACAUCUUUUUUCUGGAACUUGUCCGAUUUUUUGCAAGGUCAGAUUGAGAAGUUCUCAAUUGAGAGCCAUGUCGAUGCUUCUGUCAGCGAAGAAGAGCUAGGAAAUCUUGCCCGUGACAAGAAUUCUUCUGUUUCAAGAAAUUCUCUUUGGCUUCUGCUUUUGCUUCGGAUUGUUGACAUAACAACGGACUCAAGGUUUGAGAUCCGUAACAGCGCCAUCCAUACUCUUCUGAGAAUUUUCGAUGCGUAUGGACAACAGCUAUCUCCGAAGGCAUGGAGACUGUGCUUGAACAGAGUCCUGUUCCUGAUGCUGGAAAAUAUCGAGAGCAAGCUCCCAUCUUCCAAAAAGAAGCAGAGCAAUACUAAAGAUGAUCUCAAAUCUUGGACGGAAACCACAGUUGUGAUGAUAGGAGGGAUUUCGAACUUGAUAACAGUUUUCUUCGAUGCUAUUCUGCAAGAUGAGCAAUUUGAUGAGUCCUGGGCCCGCUUACUGAAGUACUUGCAGAAAUUGGUGGACAUGCAGCUUUUGGAAUUCAGUGAAGCCACCUUCACUAGUAUUUCUACAAUUUUGGACCGAGUUCAGUCAUCCAGUAAUUUCAGCAAAGAAGCUUGCCAAUGUGCAUGGAACCUAUGGUUGAAUGGCCACCCUGCAGCUGAUGAGAAGCUUCUUGACUCCGAUCAGCCAAAUCAAGAAGCAGCCCUUGCCUAUAUGCAUAGUUUCAAGCAGAUUUACCGCCUCUACAAGGACCAUUUGGGCACGGAAAAUGUUGAGAAGGUUCUUCAUCAUCUACGCCUACUUAUAUGGAAUUCAGUCUCUCCACCAUACUCUCCAGAUACUGACCGCCCAUCCGCCGUUCAAGAAUUGGUUAUCGACUGCAUUAAAACCCUUUGCUCGGAGAAAGAAGAGUCUCAGGCCAAUAUUCUCAUCUGCCUCGCAGACUUCUCUGAUUCCGCGUUAUCGAAGUGGACUCCGGGUAGUGACUCAAGAAAACCUACAUUUGUUGCCUUUUCGAAAAAAGCAAUCGAUCUCAUCAGUUGGUAUAUCGUGGAACUCGGUAUCAAACAUGAUCUCUUCGAGAAUGGGGCACUCGAAACCACACUUAAGCGGCUCAGUACGCUGAUUACGCAGAAGUAUAUGUGGCAUGGAAAAGAUCGCGAACCAUUUCUAUGGCAGAAGGCUACAACUGCGGCUUUAAAUGUCCUGAAUGUAUCUGUUCCAUAUGUGGAAAGGCAGUAUAGCGAUACCAAUAAGCCAAAGAUUGAACAAUUUUGGCUGCGUGUUGUGGAUAUUACUCAUGGAAUUAUCUCUGCACGAGGGUUUCAAACCCAACAGCUAACUAAUGCACGAAUUGUUACUGAUGAAGCCUUCGACAUUUCCGGAUUCACACGGUUGAAAACAAUCAUCCUUCCAUCGCUUGGGGCACCUGCCAUCCCACACACCGUUCGUCGUGACUUUGCUUGUGCUCUAUUCAAUUCUUCUUUCAUCUAUCCUCCCCAGCGUUUCGAUCUCCCUACCGAACCAAUUGAAAAAGCUCCUCUACAGGACUUCUACAGAAUCCGUUCCGGGCGCACUUUUGAUCCACCACCAACUUUGCGCCCAAACAUGGCAUAUGCUCUCAUGGAUACUUUAUUCGACCUUGCCAAAGCACCAGGGUCUGAUACUCCCGAGUCAUGUCCACGGACCUUGCUCGCUCGCUCCAUUUCCCCAUACCUCCUUUUGCGCUGUGCCAUCUCACUCAAGGGCUAUAUCGCCGACCAGCCUCUUCGUGGACAAAUGCCUCAGCCCACCCCCCGCACGCAAGGCCCUGCUUCACCUUUUAUUCCAUAUGGUUCAGUUGCAGAGUGA